UUGUUUACAAAUAAUUACCAAGUAAACUUUAUAUGAAAAAUGUUAUUUAAAGCUCAGCUAAACUCGAUUGUAAUUAUAAUAAUAAUAAGUACCAACUGUGUCCUAUCCGAAUUUGUAAUAGCAUCACUUGUUGGGACUGCUAUUGCGGCUACUGGUUUGUUUGGUUGGAAAACCAUAAAAUCGCAUACAUAUUGCCGUUUCAAAGAAUGUUGUGAUGAAAAAUACAUUAAUUUCGAUUUGGACAAACUUAAACAAUCCUUUUCACAAAAGAUGUUUGGCCAGCCUCUUGUGAAUGAAAUCACCAACAUUCUAAAAGCUCACAAGGAGGCCUUAUAUGACAAAGAUAAGAGAAACAAGAAGGCACUUGUACUGAGCUUACAUGGAUGGUCUGGAGUAGGAAAGAAUUAUGCUACCAAUAUGAUAGCUGAAGCAAUCUUUGAAAAUGGAAUGGAGAGUCAAUAUGUAAAAGUUUUUAUGGGAAAGAAAGAUUUUGAUUGUUCCAAUAUACAAGAAACUCAGAAAAACUUGAUAGCCAAAGUUAAUGAGAUUGUGAAGAGCUGUCCUACAUCACUGAUUGUAUUUGAUGAGAUUCAUGAAAUGUGUCCAUCUAUUUUGGAUGCCAUAAAACCAAUGCUAGAUCACCACCAUGCAGUUGAUGGAGUUGAUUACAGAAAUAGCAUAUUUAUAUUCAUGUCCAAUAUUGGUGGUAAAGAAAUUGCAAUGAAUCUCCUGGAACUUUAUAGUCAAGGAAUUAAAAGAAAUGAGGUUGAAUUCCAUAAUUUUGAACCAAUAAUACGGAGGAUUUCAUACAGCACUGGUGGUUUUGAAAAAUCUUCAACUAUAGCACAACAUUUAAUUGAUCAUUAUAUUCCAUUCCUGCCAUUGGAGCAACACCAUGUUGAGAUGUGCGCACUGGCAGAGUUUAGAGCCCAUGGUGUUUAUCAUCCAACCGAAGAAAUGAUUGCGGAUGCAUUGUCAGUUAUUACAUACGGACCAACUGAAGAACAACCGAUUUUCGCAAAUAAUGGCUGCAAAAGGUUUACAAAACAAGUGCCUUAUGUAAUACAAAAACAUAAAAGUGAAUUGUAAUAAUAUGUGCUAUAAUUUAUGAAUUUAGUUUAGGGUGUCUUGUGAUAUUUUGAGAAACAGCUAGGCUUUAAAUAAUG